UAUUUUGCAAAACAUUAGUAUUAGGAGCAUUACGUUCAAAAGGUUGCAUGUAUAAAUUGUUUGGUCUAGUACACUUCCUUUCCUUCUUCUUCAUCGUCAUUGUUUCAUAAACAAAUGAGAAAUGAAAGGUCUGCUGCAACUGAACCAAAUGCUGGCAGACCUCAUUCGCUCCAACCACCACACCCAAUCCUUAACCCUCUUCGUUAUCGCCCACUCCACCUUCACACCUGACCACUACACCCUCUCCGCCGCCCUCACCGCCGCCGCCAAUGCCCGCCACAUCACCUUCGGCGCCCAGCUCCAUUCGCACGCAGUCCGAACAGGGCUCUGGGCCCACUCCCACGUCGCCAACUCCCUCCUCUCGCUCUACGCCAAGACCCAUGACCUCGCCUCCGUCGAACGUGCGUUUAGCGAAAUACAUUGCCCCGACGCGUAUUCGUGGACCACGCUGCUCUCGGCCUGUGCCAAACUGGCCCCUAUUACCCAUGCCCUUCAACUGUUCGACCAAAUUCCCAAACGACACGUGGCGGUCUGGAACGCUGUCAUUACCGGGUGUGCGGACAAGGGUCAUGAAGAUCUUGCUUUUAACUUGUUCAGGGACAUGCAAAAGAUGGGUGUUAAGGCUGAUAAAUACACUUUUGCCACCAUGUUGAGUUUGUGCUCCUGGGAGCUUUUGGAUUAUGGAAGGCACGUGCAUUCGGUGGUUAUCAAAAGUGGUAUUUUGGGUUGGACUUCUGUGGUUAAUUCUUUGAUCACUAUGUAUUUUAAGUGUGGGUGUGUUGUGGAUGCUUGUAAGGUGUUUGAGGAAGCAGAAGGUAGCACGUGUGAUUAUGUUACGUAUAAUGCAAUGAUAGAUGGUUUUGCAAGUGAGGAGAGAAGUGAGGAUGCAUUUUUGAUAUUCAGAGACAUGCAAAAGGGCUGUUUUGGUCCAACGGAAGUUACCUUUGUGAGUGUCAUGAGUUCCUGUUCAUGUUUAAGAGCUGGUUGUCAAACGCAGGCUCAAGCUAUCAAGAUGGGUCUUAUUGGUUGUGUUGCUGUGAACAAUGCAAUGCUGACAAUGUAUUCUGGGUUUGGGGACGUUUAUGAGGUUCGAGAUAUUUUUGAGCGAAUGGAGGAAAGGGAUGUUGUUUCAUGGAACAUAAUGGUUUCAACGCUUCUACAAGAAAAUCUCGAGGAAGAAGCAAUUUUGAGCUAUUUGAAAAUGAGGAGGGAGGGAAUUGAACCAGACGAGUAUACUUAUGGAAGUUUGCUGUUUGCUACAGAUUCUUUGCAAGUUGUGGAGAUGAUCCACUCCCUUCUAUGCAAAAGUGGGUUUGGGAAAAUUGAAGUUUUGAAUGUGUUAGUUUCUGCAUACUGCAGACAUAGGAAGAUGAAGAGUGCUUUUCGAAUCUUCUCUGCCGUUCCCUAUAAAAAUUUAAUAUCUUGGAACAGUAUCAUAUCUGGGUUUUUGAUGAAUGGACAUCCGUUACAUGGGUUAGAGCAAUUCUCUGCAUUACUUCGUGCACAAAUCAAGCCAAAUGCCUAUUCCCUCACUCUUGUUCUGAGUAUUUGUUCUAGCAUGUCAGCCAUGAGUCAUGGGAAACAGAUUCAUGGUUACAUACUAAGACAUGGUUUUUCUUCAGAAGUUUCUUUGGGUAAUUCCUUGGUCACAAUGUAUGCCAAAUGUGGAUCUUUGGAUGGGGCUUUGAGAGUAUUUGAUGCAAUGGUGGAGAGAGAUACAAUCUCUUGGAAUGCUAUAAUAUCUGCUUAUGCACAGCAUGGACGAGGGAAAGAAGCUGUGUCCUGUUUUGAGGCAAUGCAGACCACACCUGGAAUCAGACCAGACCAGGCUACCUUUACUUCAGUUCUUUCUGCUUGCAGCCAUGCAGGUUUGGUCGAUGACGGUGCCUGUAUUUUUUAUACAAUGAUAAAAGUUUAUGGAAUUUUGCCAAGUGUGGAUCAUCUUUCUUGCUUGGUUGAUCUUCUCGGUCGCAGUGGAUACCUUGAUGAGGCAGAGACCGUUAUUAAAGAUGCAUAUUUGGGAGCACAUUCUAAUAUGUGCUGGUCAAUGCUUAGUGCUUGUGCAGCUCAUGGUAAUUUAAAGCUAGGAAGAGCAGUUGCGAGACUUAUUCUGGAAAGAGACAAUGACAAUCCAUCAGUUUAUGUGCUUUUAUCAAAUAUAUGUGCAAAAGCAGGUCAGUGGGAAGAAGCAGCUAAUCUUAGAGAUAUGAUUAGAGAGUUUGGGACAACAAAGCAGCCUGGUUGCAGUUGGAUCAGAACCUAAGACUUACUGGUCAUACAUUCUUGCAAAUUAUAAGCACCAGCUGAAUAUGAUGGAGGUCCUACACAGAUUUCAAUUUUGAAUAAACUUGGUCAUAGAGUAUGAUGUGAUAUGCAAGAAAGAGGAAUUUGUAGCAGAAAAUUUGCUAUUAGUAUCCCCGGGCACGUGGUUUCCAAUACUUAUUUUCUCCAAGUGAAAGUAAAAAUGGCCAAAGUUUGGGUAUUUUCUACAUAGAGACGGUGUUAGAGGAGCUGAAAGUAAGAUGAGUUUGAAGUAUGGUUUUCAAAGAUCUGGGUGGACGAGCAAUGGAAGCUCCUAGAUGUAAGUUUCACUGUUAGGAAAGGAAAAUAUUUUUUUUUCCGAAUGUGAGAUAUGUGUUUAUGUCCAUAUCAUAAUUAGGAGACCAUUCGAUUAUGGAUAAUGACACUUUGACACCUAAAAGUGACAAACUUUUGAUACCGCUAUGUGUCAUUUUCUUAGUGGUUCAUCUGUCAAAUAAUAAGAAAAAACAAAAUGACAUGUAAGUGAAUUGAGACAAGGGUUGAAAGUGGUGGUUUCAUUUUGGCAUUCAAAAUCAGAUUUCAUAUUUGGGAUUAAAAAAACUCUAGAGAGAGAAGAAGCCUAGGCCAUGGAGAAGAGAUUUUUCACUUCGACGGAGUUUCCACCGCCACUUUCAAACCUGUGUCGUUUACCGUUCACCGGAGGACAUUCCGGCGUUGUACCGUUGAUUGGAAUGUGCCCAGGCUAUCGAAAACUUAGUCGUUCUGCCGUCAUGCCCCGAAAACUUAGUCGUUCUGCCGUCGUGCCCUGCGAUUCGCGACUCCAAAGCUUUUGUUCGGUGUGUAUGAGUUUUUUCCUACAUUUUUUUCGAUUUAGUUAUUUUUUGUGUUCUAUGGUUGUUUUUCUCAUGUAUUUUGGUUGAAUGAACCGUUAUAGGAUGUGAGAACUUUGUUCAUUGUUUCAUUAUAGAGACUUUUUUGGGGGUGACUUUAUUUUUUUAAUAUUGAUUAAGAUGACCUUUUUUUGGGGUGACUUUAUCUUUUUAAUAUUGAUUAAGAUUUUUUUGUUGGGUCGUUUGCCAUAUGUUCCGUGAUUUUAAGAUAGUUUACUUGUGUGGAUGUGUUGGUAUAAAAAUUAUUUUAGGAUAAUUCAAUGUUUUAAUGAUUGAUUUCUCAAAUUGUGAAGCCAAUUAGUGUUGAUAUAUUUCUUUAAAUUUUAAAAAGUUUGUUGAUGUUGUAUUUUGGUGCUUACGUUUUACAGUGAUGGAUUGCUUUAAAGAAGAAAGUCAUAUCAAAGUAAGUAAAUGUGAUGUAUUGAAAAUGUCAUUGAUGGUAGGGAAUCAUUCCUUUUUCCUUCUACUAGAGAUCUUGGUUCGUCAUUGUUUGAUGUGAAAUUGACUAAAUGGGAAUGUGAAGGAAAUCAUUUGAGAAUAUAAUGAGGAACAAAGGGUUCAGAGAGGUUAUAUUCUUUGGUUAUAAGAAUGACAUCAUUUGCAAAGUUUUAGUUUUAGAGACUCGGAAUUCAACAAAGUCUGAAAAAUGAUGAAAGGAAUUUUACACCCACUAUGACUUAAAGGAAGGAAACGUUCUGGUCUUCGAGGUUAACAACCAGUAUGGACCCAGAAGUCAUAACUAAACUCACUUAUAAAGUUCAAAUAAGUGGUUGUAAACCUCGAAGACCAAAGCGUCUCCUUCCAUCCUUUAAGUCAUACUGGGUGUAAAAUUCCUUCCAUUCUUUUCCAAACUUUGUUGAAUUCCGAGUCUUCGAAACUAAAACUUUGCACAUAAUGUCAUCCUUAUAACCAAGGAGCAUAACCUCUAUGAACCCUUUGUUCCUCAUUAAAUUUCCAAAGGUACUUUGCAAGUCCUAUAAGUAAUAGAAGUCAAUGACAUUGUGAUGUUCAAAUUAUAUUCACCAAUACUGGGCAAGAAUAAAAUUAUUACAGAUGUACGAAAUGACUUCCUUCACAUUCCGGUUUAAUCAAUUUCACAGCAAACAAGGAUGAAUCAUGAUCUCUAGUAGAAGGAAAAAAGAAUGAUUCCCUAUCAACAAUGACAUUUUCAAUACAUUACAUUUACUUACAUACGACUUCCUUCUUUAAAGCAAUUCAUCACUGUAAAAACGGAAGCACCAAAAUACAACAUCUACGAAAAAAUCUUCAACGAAAAGUUCAACAAACUUUUUAAAAUUUAAAGAAAUAUUAGUUCGCUUCACAAUUUGGGAAAUCAAUCAUUAAAACAUUGAACUAUCCUAAAAUAAUUUUUAUACCAACACACCCACACAAGUGAACUAUCUUAAAAUCACGGAACUCUGGCAAAAGACUCAAAAAAAAACCUUAAUCAAUAUUCAAAAAAUAAAGCCAUCCAAUAAAAGGUCUCUGUAAUGAAAUAAUGAACAAAGUUCUCGCAUCCUAUAAUGGUUCAUUCAACCUAAAUACAUAAGAAAAACAACCAAAAAUAACUAAAUC